AUGUUCGACGAGAUGCACGAGAUCGCGUCGCAGCUGGCGCUCAAGUGGGCGAGGCACGGCCCGGACGCGCCUAUUAUGGUCACGGACGACUUCACGCGGCUGACGCUCGACACGCUUGCGCUAUGCACCAUGGGCUUCCGCUUCAACUCGUACUACCACGACGAGCUACACCCGUUCAUCUCGGCUAUAGGCCGCUUCCUGACCGAGUCGGGCUCGCGGUCGCUGCGGCCGAGUCUGGCUGCGCUCUUCUACCGCCAGGCGAACCACCCGUCCAACUGCAGAGAUCUGCUGUCGGCUAUGCUCGACGGUGUGGAUCCGAAGACGGGCCAGAAGCUGAGCGAUGCGUCUAUUAUCGACAACCUGAUCACCUUCCUUAUCGCGGGCUACGAGACCACGGUGGUAGGCACGGGCGCUAUUUGGCCGCAGCACCUCAAGAAGCUGCUGUACAUCGAAGCCAUCCUACGCGAGACCCUGCGGCUCUGCCCGACGAUCCCGCUGAUCGGGAAGCAGGCCAGGGAAGACGAGAUCAUCGGCGGCCAGUACUCGCACCUAGACCCGGCCGUGUACGGCGAGACGGCGCAGGCGUUUGUGCCGGAGCGCAUGCUGGAUGAGAACUUUGAGCGCCUGACUAGAGAGUACCCCGACUGCUGGAAGCCGUUUGGCAGCGGUAUGCGGGCGUGCAUCGGGCGGCCGUUUGCGUGGCAGGAGGUGAUCAAGCAGACGCUUACCAUCAAGCCCAAGGACUUCUAUAUGUGGCCGAUGACGAUGCCGAUUUAUGCCAAGCCGACAUCCCGCCAGCUAUCCCCUGCGGCGGCCAAGUCCUGGGCUCAGGUAGAUGCAAAGCCUAUAAGCAUCUUCUAUGGAUCCAAUAUGGGCACCUGCGAGAGCCUCGCCCACCGUCUCGCCAUGGAUGCGGCGUUGCAUGGCUUCGCCGCUACUGUGAUCGAGCCACUGGACAUAGCCACCGAGAAGCUGCCCACCGACCGGCCUGUGGUUGUUAUUACGGCGUUCUACGAGGGACAGCCGCUGGACAAUGCGGCCGCGUUCUGCGGCUGGCUGCAGCGCUGCAAGGCCGACGAACUGCACAACGUCCCCUUCGCCGUCUUCGGCUGUGGAUACCACGAUUGGAACCAGACCUUCCACCGGAUUCCCAAACUCGUCGACAGCACUAUGGAAGCCUGGGGCGGCUCGCGCAUCUGCGAGAUGAGGCUGACGGACGUGGCGGAGGGCGAUAUAUUUACCGAUUUCGAGCAGUGGGAGGACGAUGUGUUCUGGCCGGCCAUCGAGGCCAAGUACGGGUCCGCACUAGGUGCUGCUGUGGUCUAUGGGGAAGACCCCGGUGACUCGAGUCUCGAGCCGUCGACCACGUUCUCCGCCGGGUCGCCCGUCUCCACGGGCGACGGGAUCGCUGACGCGGACGUGGUGGUGGUGGUAGUGGUGGUGCUGCUCACGAUGGUGGGGCCGCCGGCCGGGCACGUCACGGCCAGGUCGUCCAGGUUCUCGUCGUCGUCGCCCGGGUCGGAGUCGUCGUCGCCCGCCCCCGUGCACUUGUCGUCGCCGUAG